UCCAGAAACCGGUAAACGUCCAGCGGCCUCGUGCGUCUUUAAGAGCGCGGGCUACGAAGUGAUGAUUCACGAGCGCCACCGCAGUGUGAGUUGGGAGGUGGGUUUGCGCACGCAUGCGCGGAUGGCAUAGAGUGGCACACUUGAAGCAGUUUUCAUAUUUGGCACGGAGACGACCGACUGCUCUGAUGUUUGACUUCGCACGUUGGUUAGGAAGGCGGCAGAAAAAAAAAAAAGUUAACUGAGUGAGGCAAUUAUAAUUCUACAUUCCCAAGGACUGGAUAAAGCAAGUGAAGAAUUAAAAACUGAGACAAACGCCGUAAACUUAAACUUGGACUUCGCGGCGAGCGGUGAAGUGCUUUGGAGACAUGGUCGCAUCUUCGUAGGGUAAAUCAUUGGAGAAGACCGACUCGGGAACACUUACAAGCUCUGAAUUUAUCUGUAACCUGUCAUUGGGUGCUGGCUUGCAAUGUACUUGAUGCUGCGAUAUUUGGAAAUGCUGGUUCCCUGACCUUCUGAUCUGUUUCUUCAGACGCAUUAGGAACUUUUAAAUUAGUGAAAAAAAAUUUGUCAAACAAACUGCUGUCUCCCCACCAGUAGCAUCAGUAACUCUCAAAACAUGCCUAUCCUAAAGCAGCUGGUGUCAAAUUCGUCGCAGUCAAAGCGCCGCUCACGUGUGGACCUCACUGCAGACAUGAUCAGUGCACCUUUGGGAGAUUUUCGGCAUACCAUGCACGUUGGGCGGGGUGGAGACGCUUUUGGGGAUACCUCUUUUCUCAGCACCCGAUCAGGGGAGCCCCCACAACAGGAAGCACAUCCGCAAAGCUCUGGUUCCAGGCCUAGUCUCCUGUCCCGUACGUUCAGACACAGCAAAAGGUCGCAGUCUGUAACCCGAGUAGAUAAACGGGAGUCAACUCUAGCUCUUCCCAGUACCUCACCGUCCUUUGUUAAAAAUGCAGUCUCCCUACCACAUCUGAAUGACGACAAUGAAGCACCUCAAAGGGCGAGCAUUAUUUCGGUACCAAAAAGUCUCUCUUCUAGCCCACUGAAGAUGAUUGCCAAUGAAAGGCCUGUCAAUGGAGCUGCAGCCUCUUUGCAGGGAGAACCAGAGCACUUUGAUGAAAGAGACUUUGGUGAACUCUCAGAUCUCCCAACAACAUCUCUCCCUAAAACAGGAGGUGGGCUAAAACAUGCUGAAUCCAUCAUGUCUUUCCAUGUAGAUUUGGGACCAUCGAUGCUAGGAGAUAUUCUAAGCAUUAUGGACAAAAAGGGCUGGGAGGAAGAUGAUUUGGGCUUUGAGGAAGAUGGAACACUAAUGGGAAAGGUGUCAUUGCCACCUGCUAGCCAGCAAAAUGUAGCAGCUAGCAUUUUGCUGCCAAAGGAAGACCCUGCCCCAUACACCCCAGAGACUAAACCACGGCACCCUCGACAUCCGGUGGAUAGCUGCUCGGUGUCUAGCUCUGGAUCUGCUGUAUUAGAGGACAAGCAGCCACUUGAGAAAGAGACUCCUUCUCAUGUGAAUGUUAGUCAUUCCAGGAAAGAGGAAGAAGAUCAAGGUUUCUCCUUCAUGGAUGAGGACGAUGAUGAAAUCAGAGUUUAAAGUGGAAGCAAGUUGAACCCCCAUUGAUUGAGGUUACCUGUAAUUCGUUGGGAUUCCCACAAGACUAAAAGUUUAGCAAUACAACUUCCUAGCUGGGCCAUUUUAAUUUGAAUGUUCACCACAAAGCAGAAGUAAAAAUGACUGCAAACAAAUCCCAGUUGCAGAAUGUGUUUUGAGUAAAGGUUGGAAGUCGCAUUAUACUGGGGUGGAGGAUUCUUUUGAGAAGCUGAACAUUCAAUCCCCGAUAUCCCCUAUCCCCCCGUCAGACUUUUUUGAGUGCCUUUUGGGAAACUCAUUACGGUAGUGGAAGGACUUGGGGUUUCUUGGUACAUCAGGAUCCAAAUCCUGCAUGGAGGCAGCUACUUUAACUCUACUUGAUUUCAACAGGAUGUGCUUCCGUGAUCCUGCACCCAAAGCAGCGGCCUACUGUGAAAGAAAAUCUGAACCUCUGCCAGCUGUUGAUCUGGUGGUAGCAGCAAUACUAAUACAGCAAGUGCCAAUUCUUUCUGGUCAAAAUGUAUGUUGUUGUUUUAAUUACAGCGUGGAGGAAGGUUUCACAAGCCCACAAACGUUUUACUGAAGAUGACCACAAAUGUUUGUGUUUUGUUUUCUCUUUUUUCCUCAAAGUCUGUUUACAGGCACAUUCCUUUUUCCUUUUCUUGUGUGUGUUUAUAUAUUUUUUAGGUUAAGAUAAGUUAUUUUUCCUUCAACAUUCUCUAGAUAUGUGCACCUGAUCAGUACUAUAGAUGUGCACCUAUAGGGCAAAUUCUUCUUUUCAUUUUUGUUUUGUAGUUUUGCCGCUCACUACACAAUAACAUAAUAGCCCAGCUGCUGUUUAGUUGUAAAUAAUUUUGUAGUGGGCUGAGAAAAGUUCUUUCAGUUUGUGUAAUUAACCUGGAUGAAGGUUCACACUGUAAAUAUGAAAUAGACAGGAUCUGCGAGCAAAGCCGUGUUGAUUAUAGUUUUUAUGGUGCACUUUGCUACAUGCGGACGAGUUCGCGAUGCAUAAUAAAAUGCUGGGCAGAGAUGCUUUUAAAAUCUGAGAAACACUAAAUCUGCUCAGCAUGCAGUGUAAUACUUUAAACUAUUCUGGGGUUGGCAACAAAAACAAUAUUGAAAUUUUACGUUUCUUCAAGUCUUAAGAUUAAGUAAGAUAUUUACUGCAUAUACUGAAAUUUAUAAUGGAUAUGUGAGAAGUUCUAAAUCUACACAGAAUAACAUGAUGCUGCAAUACUGUAGACACGGUACGACUUUUCCUCUUAAUGCAAAACAGGUACAGCACUUGUGUUCAUGACGCUGCUUCACAGCAUUUUAAAACUGCCUUUAACUUUCUAGUGACCGCUUCCAGAGGACAUCCUCUUGCUUUAAAGUCCAGGAGUGAUGGUGCGGGCAGUGUGGCCUGGUAGAUGUAGACAUCAGCCUCUGAUUGCCAGUACUAGAAGCGGUGGUUCAGUCUGCACCUGUUUGUGUUUUUUCUUCCUUUGCACUCAUUAAAUAAAGCAUCUCGGUAAUCACUGUGCUAGUUGUGACCAAAAUCCAAAGAUUUGCCAGAAGCAGCACAGGAGUUGAAAUUGUGGGGUUUCAGAAGUAGCACAUUACACCCUUUGGUUAAUGCUCCAGGCAGCUUGCACUAUUGUAAUUUGCUUUAAUUACAAGUAAAAAAAAAAAUCUGCAGUCGGCACACAUUUGUGUUAUUGCUACAAGUGAUUAGCUUCUGCACAGGCACUCAUUUCAAAGAGAGGGCUGGGAGUGGAGUAGUUGUUACUAAAAGCCCCCCAUCCCCAUUGUUCUAACACCAAAGGCCGUUAACAGGUUAAGAUAACAAAGCAUACUAAGCUGAGAAAUAUUGUACAUCUCAUGUCAGUGUUAUUUUACUUCAGAUGGAAACAGAGGCAUAACCCCCUGGUUGAGACCCCAAAAAAAAAAAGUCAAGUAAUUGUGAUCCUCCUUAUCUGCUUAAUGGAGAUCAUUAGGACGUGAACGUGUAAGGAGAACUCUUGCUUUCAGUUGCCUUGUAUUUUGCCAGUUGUCGUCGUGUGGGUCUUUGACCUUCUAAAGAAUUAUAAAACUUAAAAAGUUUGGCAAAAUGGUAAUUAAUCUGCGUUUCUCUGAAUAAUCCCGUCUGUGGCUGCUGAACUUCUUUCACACAAAGCAGACUUAAAACAAAAAUGAUUUAUCAACUGAAUGGUGACACUCCACAUUUAUUUGAAGGGGAGUGGCCUUUAAUUUAUUGGAUUUUUAUAUUUAGGCUAUUUCUACCUUAAAAUUUGCAUAAUAAAAGUUUCUUAAGUUGACGUUUUUUAAUCAAACCUUAUUGCGGUAUUUUUUGUAGGAAAAUCUAUAAUUGAAUCAUUUAUCUAAAAAAAAAAAACAGAACGCUCUUAAGACUAAAAUGUUACUUAGAUGAGGGUGAAGAGCUGCUGUGACUGUGAAUUGCCUUUGCUGUCGCACCAAAGUACGUUCUAAAAAAAAAAAACAGAACGCUCUUAAGACUAAAAUGUUACUUAGAUGAGGGUGAAGAGCUGCUGUGACUGUGAAUUGCCUUUGCUGUCGCACCAAAGCACGUUUUUCAGAUAGUCCUUGGGAAGGUGACGUGGACUUUAAUUGUAGUGCCUACUUCCAAUUACUGAAAUUUGAAAUACAACAAAACUUU